GUUCUGAACGAAAUGAUAACGACAUUUAUAAAAAUAAGUAAAAAAGGGAAUCAUUCUUCAUUUGAUGUGGAGUAAGUCAACGAAGUUGUUCGACAUUUGUAUUCAGAGACAUAUAAUUUGAAAUAUUAAAAUGUUUCGUCUAACUAUUUUAUUUGCGAUUUAUUUGAUGGCAUAUACAUGUCAAAUUCAAGCAAAUUCUCUAACCGAAGGCCUUUCUACUUUUGCAUCCGAUUUAUAUAAGCAAUGUGCGAAAUCACGACCGAAGACAAAUAUAUUAAUAUCACCAUUUUGCGUUUCAAAUUCACUUGCACUUUUGGCUCAGGGUAGUAAAGGACAGACAUAUGAUGUUUUGAAAAAUGGACUUCAUUUCAUGGCUGAUAGAGCAUUGAUGCCAGAUCAAUUUAAUGAAACCUAUACUUCACUGUCGAGAGGUGCUGGAAGUUCAACAUUAACGGUUGCCAAUAAAGUGUAUCUACAAAAUGGUUAUCAAAUAAAUAGAGAUUUUCAAAAUGUGGCCCGUAAAAAGUUCCAUGCCGAUAUUGAAAAUAUCAAUUUUAGCAACAGCGUGGAUGCAGCAACAAAAAUGAAUACAUAUGUGGAGGAUAAAACAAACCAUAUGAUUAAAGAUUUCAUCAAACCAGAAAUGGUGGGUGCCGAUUCACGUUUGGUCUUAAUAAAUGCCCUCUAUUUCAAAGGCAAUUGGGAGCAUCAAUUCGAUGAGAAAAAAACCAGCAAGGGCACAUUUUAUUUAAGCAAAACCCAAACGGUGGAAAAAGAUUUUAUGUAUAUCGGAACCGAUUUUAAUUAUGCAUAUGUCGAAGAAUUGAAUGCGACUGCAGUUCAGUUGAAAUACGAAAAUUCACAUCUAUCAUUUGUUAUUGUUUUGCCAAUUGAAUAUGAAUUGGAUGGUUUAGAAUCGAAAUUAGAAAACUAUAACUUGGCCAAAAUAACCGAACAAAUGGAACCGAUAGAUGUCGAUUUAUAUGUUCCAAAAUUCAAACUGCAAUACGAAGUCAGUUUAAACAAAAUGUUGACCAAUAUGGGAAUGGGUUCGAUAUUUUCAGAGUAUGCUGAAUUGAGUGGACUUAUAGAUACAAAACAACAAUUGAAAGUCAGUGAUGUUAUUCAUAAGACUGUAAUCGACUUCAAUGAAAAGGGCUCCGAGGCAGCCGCUGCUUCCGGUGUACAAAUUACAGCUUAUAGUUACCCAGCAAACUUCACCGCCGACCAUCCAUUUUUCUUCUAUAUUUGGGAUGACAGUAACAAAAUGCCAAUUUUCACAGGGCGCUUUUUAAAUUUUGAAAAUGGUCCUGUACUCCAAACCACUCCAAAACCAAUACCAACACCAUCAACAACACCAUCACCACCAGGUCCAAGAGAAUGCAAAUGGUGGUCAUUAUUUUGUUUCAGACUUUGUGGGUUGUUGCGUAUAUUAAUAGCGUUGGCAAUUUGCACGGCAUCCAUAGCCGCCAAGGCGAACAUGUCAAAUAAUAAACUUAUAGAGAAAGGAGUUCCGAAGUUUUCCAUGGAUUUAUAUCAGCAAUGUGCCCGAUCAACAAAUGGUAAUAUAAUAAUUUCGCCAUUUUCGGUGGUAAAAGCGCUCGAGCUGCUGUCUAAAGGCGCCAGAGGAAAUACAUAUGAAGAAAUUAAAACAGCACUUUAUUUGAAUGACCUUGGAAAGCUUCAAGUAAAUGUUCAGAAAUAUAUUCGAUUGAUUCGAAAGGGAGCGCGUGAAGCAACAUUAUCAAUAGCCAAUCGAAUUUUCGUCCAAAAUGGUUAUACCAUAAAUAAAAAAUUCCUCAAUUCGCAAAAAAACAAUCCGAAGUUGGCACCUGUUCGGUCUGUUGAAUUUUCAAAUAAUGUAAAAGCAGCUGAAACGAUAAAUCAGUUUGUCGAAUCGAAAACAAAUCAUAAGAUCAAAGACUUCAUAAAUCCGAGUAUGUUAAAUUCACUAACUCGCGUCGUUUUGGUGAAUGCAAUCUAUUUCAGAGGCAAUUGGGAACAUCAAUUCGAUAAACAACGUACGCAUCGCAAUCGUUUUUAUCUAAAUCAAAGACAAUCAGCUCCAGCCGAUUUUAUGUUUAUUAGUGAACAAUUUAAUAAUGGAUAUAUUGAGCAUUUGGACGCAUCAACACUUCAAAUGAAUUAUGCAAAUUCCAGUUUAUCCAUGGUGUUUGUGUUACCAACCGAUAUUGGUGGACUACCAGCACUCGAAUCCAAAUUGGCCAAUUACGAUGUAGCAAAAAUUGUCGAUCAAAUGGAAAUGACAAAUAUCGAAGUGACGAUUCCAAAGUUCAAAAUUGAAUACGAAAGCAGUUUGAAAAGUGCCUUACAAUCUAUGGGCUUAACAGACAUGUUCACACAGACAGCCGACUUUAGCGAUCUUCUAGAAGAGAAAAAUGUUCAAUUAUAUGUGUCGGAUGUUUUUCAUAAAGCAUACAUUGAAGUUGAUGAGUCUGGCACCGAAGCAGCCGCCGCCACUGGCAUACAUUUGAUGGAUCGAACAUUGCCACCAUCAUUCACUGCAGAUCAUCCAUUUUUCUUCUUUAUAUAUGAUAGCAAGAGCAGAACCACUGUUUUCAGUGGACGUGUAACAACAUUCAAUUGAAAUGAGAUUACACAAUCAAUACAAAAAUACUUACUCUACAAUAACACAUUCAACUCAACAGCUUUUAAAUAUUUCCAUGGAAUCAAUCGAUUUUAUCUGGCGAUAGAUAUAUCCGCAUACGGCGACACAGCACUAGCGCUCCAGGCUGCUAGAUAUACACAAAAAUGAAUCCUUGCCUUUAUACCAAGGAUAUGAAAUGCCAAGGACAAGAAAAAAGGUAUUUCAUUUUAGUAUUUAAGACAAAUUGAUACCAAAGUUACACCAUUAACUAUUUUGCUACAUAUAAAUAAUUCAAUAAAAAUAAUAAGUUUUACCUCUGAUACACAAA